AUGGAAUUCUGGAAUCAUAAUUCUUCUUCCAUUACACAUUUCAUUAUAGCUGGAAUUCCUGGAAUUCAGGACUGGAAAGAACGGAUUGCACUAGCUGCAGUUUUCUUUGUAAUAUACACCAUUACAGUCACAGAAAACUUAAUUGUCAUUAUUGUAAUAAUAACUGACAGUGCUCUGCACUCCUCAAUGUACCUGAUUAUCUGUAAUCUGGCCUUCCUGGACCUUCUUAUUCCUUCUGUUACUAUCCCAGAGAUGGUGUAUUAUUUAGUAACUGAUGAAAGAUCAAUCGCUUUUGUUCCAUGCAUUCUGCAAAUGUAUUGCUAUGUCUCUUUUUUAAUAACAGAACUCUUGAUAAUAGCAAGUAUGGCUUAUGAUCGUUACCAGGCUAUAUGCAACCCUUUGCAUUAUCACACUGUCAUGACUACAAAGCAUACCUUCAUGUUAUCUGCUUUGUGCUGGGCAGGUGGAACCAUAAAAACUAUGGUCCAUUUAUACUUUGUACUCAUAGCAACUUACUGUGGCCCAAAUAAAAUUGACUACUUUUGCUGUAAUUAUGCACCGAUCAUAUUAUUAGCUUGUUCUGAGGUCUAUACUCACAAUGAAUAUACAGUGGUUUUUUCAUUUAUUAUCAUUGCAGUUGCACUGACUUUUAUUUUAUUUUCCUAUGUAAAGAUCAUUGCGUCAGUGCUUAGAACUGGUUCUGCUAAGGGUCACACAAAAGCCUUUUCCACAUGUGGCAGCCAUCUACUAGUCAUAAGUAUUUUCUUGGUGGUUAUAUCUUUUCUCUUAAUUUCUUAUGCAGUGGAAGGGAUUUCUGAACAAAUACGUACUCUGUCUGCUAUAGUUCAGAAUUUGGUGCCACCUUUAAUCAAUCCAAUAAUUUACUGUUUGAAAACAAAAGAAAUCAGAACCAGCGUCACAAAAAUGCUGAAAAAAUUCAGACUCUGGGUAUCUUUAUAG